AUGAAGUGUUCCGUCCUGGUCUCCAUCCUCGCGCUCGCGGGCGUGCGUGGCGCGACCGCUGGCGAGUCAAAUCCCCUGGGCAAGGUCAUCGAGCUCAUGGACUCCCUGGCGGCGAAGCUGGUCGCAGACGGGGAUGCCGAGGACAAGGCAUUCCACAGGUAUGUGGAAUGGUGCGACGAGACGACUUCGAAUCAGAAGUACGACAUCGACACCGCAACCACCAAGAGCAGCGAGCUCGGGGCCACGAUCGCGAAGGCGACCAGCGACAUCGAGGCGGCCGAGGGCAAGAUCGGCGACCUGGCGGGCAAGAUCGCGAAGGCAGAGGGAGAGCUGAACGACGCCGCGCUGAUCCGCAAGAAGGAAGCAGCCGAAUUCUCAGCCGGCGAGGCAGAGCUCACGGACACUCUGAGCGCCCUGUCGCGGGCGAUCGAUCUGAUCUCCAAGGAAAUGGCCAAGAACCCCGCCGCCUUCGUGCAGAUGGAUGUCUCGGGCGUGGCUGGUCUGGUCACUGCUCUCAGCACAAUUGUGGACGCUGUUUCCCUCGGGGGUGCCGAUAAGGAUAGGCUCGUUGCGUUUGCGCAGGAGCAGCGGGAUGCCGCCGAGUCGGACGAGUCUGGUGCCCCUGACCCAGCAGCGUACAGGUCACACAGCAAGGGGAUCCUGGACGUCCUCGAGGAUCUGAAGGCAAAGGCCGAGGAGCAGCUCGCCACCCUGCGCAAGGAGGAGUCGAGCACUCAGCACAACUACGCCCUGUUGAAACAGAGCCUGGAAGACGAGGUUGCCUACAACACGAAGGAGCUGAAAGAGGAGAAGGCGUUCAAGUCGGACACGGAGGAGGCGAAAGCGACUGCCACCGCGGAUCUUGCAACGACCACGAAGUUGCUCAAGGACACGGAGGCAGCGAGGUCGGCAACGCAGGCCGAUUGCAUGAAGUUAGCGACAGACCACGACGUCUCCACCGCAGGCCGCACUGCCGAGCUGAAGACGAUCGCCGCCGCGAAGAAGGCGCUUGUGGAGACAAGCUCUGGCGCUGUGGAGCAGACGUAUUCCUUCAUCCAGAAGGUAAGCUCGAGCCUGCGCACUGGCGCAGACCUGAAGGGCGCCGAGGUGGCCCGCUUCGUCAAGAGGCUGGCCAAGGACCAUCAUUCUGAGGCCCUCGCGCAGCUGGCAUCGCGCAUCACAGCGCUCAUGCAGUACGGCAGUGGCGCCGGGGCGGAUCCCUUUGUAAAAGUGAAAGGGCUGAUCACGGACAUGAUAGAGAAGCUUCAAGCCGAGGCUGACGCUGCUGCGACCGAGAAGGCCUACUGCGACGAGCAAAUUGCCAAGACCGAAGCGAAGAAGUCGGAGCUCGAGGAUGACAUCGCCAAGCUGACGUCCAAGAUCGACACCAAGAGCGCACACUCGGCCAAGCUCAAGGAGGAGGUGAAAACACUGCAGACGGAGCUGGCCUCGCUUGCCAAGGAGCAGGCAGAGAUGGACCAGAUCCGCUCUGACCAGCACGCAGACUACCUCCAGGCCAAAGCCGACCUCGAGCUUGGCCUGGAGGGCGUGGGCAAGGCGCUCUCGAUCCUCCGCAAGUACUACCAGGGUGACGGGGCCGCCAUGCUCCAAAGCCAGCAGCCAGCGAAACCCGUGUUCCACAGCAAGGUCGUAGAGUCCGAUUUCGCGAAGAACCUUGCCGACGAGGAGGCAACGGAGGCGGAUGCGUUGUCCUCGUACGAUGCCAGGACGCAGGAGAUCAAGGUGUCCAUGGCCACGAAGAGCCAGGAUGUGAAAUACAAAGUGCAAGAGUUCAAGGGCUUGGACAAGGACGUCAACGAGCUGUCCGCUGACCGCACGUCCACCAACGAGGAGCUGUCGUCGGUGCUGGAGUACUUUGCCCAGGUCAACCAGCGCUGCAUCGCCAAGCCGGAGACGUACGAGGAGCGCAAGGCCCGCCGCGAGGCCGAGAUACAAGGAUUGAAGGAAGCCCUUGCGAUCCUGAGCGACGAGACCGCUGCGUCGCUCCUGCAGGCGCGCAAGCACCGCUCCCUGCGCCAGGGGGCCCUGACCGCGUCUCACAUCUACAUCUACAUAUACACCUACAUCUACAUCUACCUCUACACCUACAUCCACACCUACACCUACAUCUACAUCUACAUCUACAUCUACAUCUACAUCUACAAUGUCAUCGAGCUCAUGGACUCCCUGGCGGCGAAGCUGGUCGCAGACGGGGAUGCCGAGGACAAGGCAUUCCACAGGUAUGUGGAAUGGUGCGACGAGACGACUUCGAAUCAGAAGUACGACAUCGACACCGCAACCACCAAGAGCAGCGAGCUCGGGGCCACCAUCGCGAAGGCGACCAGCGACAUCGAGGCGGCCGAAGGCAAGAUCGGCGACCUGGCGGGCAAGAUCGCGAAGGCAGAGGGAGAGCUGAACGACGCCGCGCUGAUCCGCAAGAAGGAAGCAGCCGAAUUCUGCCACAAGGUGUCCCACGAGCAGGUGACACUGUUCAACCUUCUGAACUGGGUGCACAUACAGUUCUCGGUUGUGGUGACGUCCAAUGACACGGACGCGAAGAACAACAAUUUUGGAUUCAGUUUCACGCAGAUGCAGGGGGCAUUGAAGGCAAAGCACACGCCACAGAUGAACAAGAGUCGUGUCCUCACCAUGCUGGAAGCAGCAGGUACGGACAAACCGCAGAAGAUGUACGAUCACUUGAAAAAGUUCUCCACGGAGCGUAUGGCUAAGAUAGCUGCCAUGCCCGCCAAGGAGAUUGCUGAAGCGAUGAAAGUAUGGUUGGAAGAAAAGCCUUACGGUGCUACUCCUCCAGCCAAGCCGCAGCCGCCCAAGAAGCCGAAGGUCUCGCCCCCGAAGCCAAAGACAGGGUUUCACAAUACCACUCGUGCUUUCUAUGAGCUCCCGCUCGGCUUCGUGAGGCCGAAGCUCGCGCUCUUCUCGCCUCACACGCCCCUGAAUGGUCUGCACUUGCCAGCGUCGGAGCUUGCAAGUACCUACGCGUUGACACUGAUCCUGCUGCCACGCUUCGACGGGCUGUCGCUCGCGCUGUGUCUGCGUCCGUGUUUCCCGGCACCUGCCGCGUCCACCAUCGCCACGCGUCUCAGAGUGCAGGACCCAUCAUCCGAGGCGCCUGCCGAUUCAGAGCUCCGCUGGCAAGCACUGCGGCGUGAGCUGGCGCAGCUAUCCACGGCCCACCAGUGGUGCGUGGCGGAGAAGCUCUGCGCGGGCUGGAUCGCUCCGCGCGUACUCGUCAUGUGGGACCUGGGCUCCGAGCAGGUCAUCGAGCUCAUGGACUCCCUGGCGGCGAAGCUGGUCGCAGACGGGGAUGCCGAAGACAAGGCAUUCCACAGGUAUGUGGAAUGGUGCGACGAGACGACUUCGAAUCAGAAGUACGACAUCGACACCGCAACCACCAAGAGCAGCGAGCUCGGGGCCACGAUCGCGAAGGCGACCAGCGAUAUCGAGGCGGCCGAGGGCAAGAUCGGCGACCUGGCGGGCAAGAUCGCGAAGGCAGAGGGCGAGCUGAACGACGCCGCGCUGAUCCGCAAGAAGGAAGCAGCCGAAUUCUCAGCCGGCGAGGCAGAGCUCACGGACACUCUGAGCGCCCUGUCGCGGGCGAUCGACCUGAUCUCCAAGGAAAUGGCCAAGAACCCCGCCGCCUUCGUGCAGAUGGAUGUCUCGGGCGUGGCCGGUCUGGUCACUGCUCUCAGCACAAUUGUGGACGCUGUUUCCCUCGGGGGUGCCGAUAAGGAUAGGCUCGUUGCGUUUGCACAGGAGCAGCGGGAUGCCGCCGAGUCGGACGAGUCUGGUGCCCCUGACCCAGCAGCGUACAGGUCACACAGCAAGGGGAUCCUGGACGUCCUCGAGGAUCUGAAGGCAAAGGCCGAGGAGCAGCUCGCCACCCUGCGCAAGGAGGAGUCGAGCACUCAGCACAACUACGCCCUGUUGAAACAGAGCCUGGAAGACGAGGUUGCCUACAACACGAAGGAGCUGAAAGAGGAGAAGGCGUUCAAGUCGGACACGGAGGAGGCGAAAGCGACUGCCACCGCGGAUCUUGCAACGACCACGAAGUUGCUCAAGGACACGGAGGCAGCGAGGUCGGCAACGCAGGCCGAUUGCAUGAAGUUAGCGACAGACCACGACGUCUCCACCGCAGGCCGCACUGCCGAGCUGAACACGAUCGCCGCCGCGAAGAAGGCGCUUGUGGAGACAAGCUCUGGCGCUGUGGAGCAGACGUAUUCCUUCAUCCAGAAGGUAAGCUCGAGCCUGCGCACUGGCGCAGACCUGAAAGGCGCCGAGGUGGCCCGCUUCGUCAAGAGGCUGGCCAAGGACCAUCAUUCUGAGGCCCUCGCGCAGCUGGCAUCGCGCAUCACAGCGCUCAUGCAGUACGGCAGUGGCGCCGGGGCGGAUCCCUUUGUAAAAGUGAAAGGGCUGAUCACGGACAUGAUAGAGAAGCUUCAAGCCGAGGCUGACGCGGCUGCGACCGAGAAGGCCUACUGCGACGAGCAAAUUGCCAAGACCGAAGCGAAGAAGUCGGAGCUCGAGGAUGACAUCGCCAAGCUGACGUCCAAGAUCGACACCAAGAGCGCGCACUCGGCCAAGCUCAAGGAGGAGGUGAAAACACUGCAGACGGAGCUGGCCUCGCUUGCCAAGGAGCAGGCAGAGAUGGACCAGAUCCGCUCUGACCAGCACGCAGACUACCUCCAGGCCAAAGCCGACCUCGAGCUUGGCCUGGAGGGCGUGGGCAAGGCGCUCUCGAUCCUCCGCAAGUACUACCAGGGUGACGGGGCCGCCAUGCUCCAAAGCCAGCAGCCAGCGAAACCCGUGUUCCACAGCAAGGUCGUAGAGUCCGAUUUCGCGAAGAACCUUGCCGACGAGGAGGCAACGGAGGCGGAUGCGUUGUCCUCGUACGAUGCCAGGACGCAGGAGAUCAAGGUGUCCAUGGCCACGAAGAGCCAGGAUGUGAAAUACAAAGUGCAAGAGUUCAAGGGCUUGGACAAGGACGUCAACGAGCUGUCCGCUGACCGCACGUCCACCAACGAGGAGCUGUCGUCGGUGCUGGAGUACUUUGCCCAGGUCAACCAGCGCUGCAUCGCCAAGCCGGAGACGUACGAGGAGCGCAAGGCCCGCCGCGAGGCCGAGAUACAAGGAUUGAAGGAAGCCCUUGCGAUCCUGAGCGACGAGACCGCUGCGUCGCUCCUGCAGGCGCGCAAGCACCGCUCCCUGCGCCAGGGGGCCCUGACCGCGUGAGGUGGCCUGCCGUGCCCGUGCGGCGGCCGAGCGGCUGCGCAGCCAGUGCUGGGGCGCUCCGGGAAGGGCCCCGCCGCCGAGGGAUCGAGAAGCUGACACCUCUGCCCCAGCGGAAGGUGGCGGAAGGGCGGCGGAAGCCAGCGGAGGAAGUCCAGUGAGGGAUGGAGGUGUGUCUUGUGGUCGAGCUCCUGUUGUAUGCGGCAGGGUUCACCGGCGGAAGCCGGUAGAAGUACAAGAUCCAGGACGUCAGGAGUCGGCCAAUUCGAGCCAGCCGCUUCCGCCUCACCUUCUUCCGCCUCCCUCAUCCUCCUCCGCCACCCUCCGCCUGCUCCUUGGACACCAGCCAAUAAUAGAAUAGAUUGCCACAUGCCCA